AUGAGAGAAUUCAAUGCAAAUAAAAAAAGAUCAGGAAGUAUAUAAUGUAUUGAACCAGAUAUCCUAAUUAAUGAUAAUGGAAAAAGUAGAAGAAAAAGCUGUACUUGUACUUAAUGUGGAAAAGAUAGUGAAUUUUAAAUAAGAUUUCAUGAUGUUCAGAUUUCGUAGUUACCUGAGACAUCUAAUAACAAUGAGCUCAUUAUUUAGUCAGAAUAAGAAAUUAAGAAGUUAGAAAGUCUAUUAAACAGAUUGAAAACCUGUUAAGAAGAUCUUGAGAAAUUUGAUUUAUAAACUAAAAAAAGAAGGAAGAGUUGUCAUUGUUCGGAAUGUGGUAGUUUGACACAAUAUGAAUUGAAAAAUGAAAGUAUACCAUUAUUAAAGAUAAACUCUUUAAAUGAUUUCAAAAUAUAGAUAAAAGUCCAUUAAUUUGUAUCAAACACUAAUAUGAGUAAUAAAUAUUUAUUUAAUUUUAGAAACUAAGAGUCAAUUUUUUAGAAAUUUUAAAUAAUAAAAUCCCUCAUUAAUGUAUUAAUUUAGUCAUUAAACUUCCAAAACAACUACCAGAUUACUCAAGUAAUCAAAAUUAAAAUUAUCUAAUUUGGAAAUGAGACUCUCUUUGACUCCACAAUUAAUAAAUUCUCCAAUGAGUGAUUAAUCCACACCAAAAUAAUAAUCAAGGAUGAAAUCAUUUGAUCAUACCCUCAACGGAGCCAAUCUUAAUCCCUAUUUAGGAUUCCGUAAAAAGUUUCUUUCCCCUCCAAAAAAUUAAGUUCCAAAACUACCUCCAAUAGCUCAUAAAGUCAGCAACGAUAUAUUGAACUUGAAAAAAUCUUUAAUACGUAAACGGAAUUGAUAUAUUUAUUCAAAC